AUGAAAGGUCAGAAAUCUCCUAGAAGAAGCCCACGAAUUCGAAUUGUUGAUUCAACCGGCAGUGGUGAAGUGAAUGUCGGUCCUACUUUUAGUUUGAGAAUUUCUGCAAAUCAAUCUCCAGAAGAAGCUGGUGAUGAGUCAAAGAAAGUGAGACCUACAGUUGCUCAGGAGAAGAAUCCAAAAAGUCGAAAUCGAUUGUGCAAAAAAAUGGUUUUAUCGGAGAGUUUAUAUCCGAAACUUCAAGCAGUGAUUAGAGGUGAAAUUGUCAGAAGAAGACUCAUUGCCAAAUUGAAGUUCAUGUUGCCACUUCAUCAAAAACCAAACACAAGAGUUUAUCAAAUUAAACUCCCUACUUUAGAACAUUAUCAUGACAAUAAUGAUAAGAAACUCAUCAAUAGUCCAAGGAAAAUUAUGAAAUCUAAAGAACUAAAGCUUAAAUGCAAGAGCCUUAGGACUUCGAAUUUCAACUUGGCUUCAGAACAAGACAGUGAAGCCUUGUGGUCAAGAAGAGAAGAAGCCAUUGACAAACGAGAGCAUUUGAUGAAAUACUCGUUUUCACUCAGGGAGAACAGAAAUGAUCGAACUUUACACAAAGUAUUAACCAGCAAGCAAAACAAAAGAAGCUACAAAUUUGAUCAGUUGGCAGAACUUGAGGCACCAACAAAAGCAGGGUUAUUUGAGAAAUUGAGAUCAUUUAGAGACUCAAAUGUUCCUCUAGCUGAUAUGAAUGGGAUGACACAACUUCAAGUGAGAAAAAUGCAUAGAGAAGAUUGUAUAGAGGACCUAUAUUCUCCUUCUUCACUUCGAAGAAGAUCAUUUUCUAAUGUAAAACGAAAAUCGAACGUUGAUGUUAAGUCAUUACCAAGUUCUCCUAUAUUUCCUACUUACAUAGCUGCCACAGAAUCUACAAAGGCAAAAACAAGGUCAAUGAGCACACCGAAGCAACACCUAAGGUUACACGAGACAUUGUUAGGUCAACAUUCUCCUUAUAACCUCAAGAUUUCUUCUUGGAGAUUAUCUGAUGGUGAAAUGUAUGACAGUGCUAGAAAGACCAGAACUUCUAACAGGUAG